AUGGCUGCCAACGGGUCUCAGCAGGCCUUCACGCCAGAGGAUGUUCUCCAGGCUAUGGCCACGAUGCGCGGUGGCGAUUCCGACAAGAAGAAAAGAGCUCACGAGUAUCUCGAAAGCUUCCAGAAAUCCACCGCAGCCUGGACCAUAACCAUCACGAUGCUACAAUCUCAAGCUGAAGCCGACGCGAAACUGUUUGCAGCGACAACAUUGAGGGGCAAGAUCGUUUAUGACCUUUCCACCCAAGUCUCUGCCGCCGAGCUUCCAGCUGUACGAACCCAGAUCCUUUCACUACUCAAACAGUUUGCCUCUGGGCCUAGGCCCAUCAGAGUACAGCUCUGUGUUUGUUUGGCGAAUCUGGCGAUCCAAAUGAGAGACUGGAAGGACGUCCUCCCAGUCGUAGUCAGCUCUCUCGGAAACGAAGUUGAAAGUCACGCCUGCAUUCUGGACUUCCUCAGAAUCCUGCCGGAAGAAGUUACCGAAGGUCGCAAGAUCACCUUGACAGAAGAAGAGCUUAGCGAGCGGACAAGCGAGUUGCUCGGUGAUAAUGCAGCACAGGUCGUCCAACUACUUAUCAACUACGCUCAAUCAUCGCCUGCCGCCGCGACGAAUCCACAACUGCUCGAAUGCAUCACUUCUUGGCUGCGUGAAGUACCAGUCAACGACAUCGUCGGCUCGCCCCUCCUGGACGUGAUCUUCCACGCGCUGGAAAACGACAACUCUUUCCAGGCAGCAGCCGAGUGCCUUUCCACGAUGGUGCGGGAGACGAGAGACGUCGACGACAACAUCGACACAAUCCAGGUUCUGUUGCCCAAGAUUAUUGCUCUGCAGCCCCGAAUUCAAAAGCUUGUGGAAGAGGAAGACAUCGAAGCGUACAAGUCUCUGACUAGGCUACUGGCCGAUGCUGGUAUUGCCUGGGUUGUCGCGAUCGCCAGGGAGCCUGUUCACUUCCGGCCAAUCAUUGAGGCCAUCCUCGAAUGCGCUGCGAGGGAUAAGGACCGAGAUGUGAUUGAGUACACGUUCGACUUUUGGUAUGAGCUCAAGCAGUACAUCGUGCUCGACAUCUAUAUCCAGGCACGGACGGAACUGUUCGACGUUUUUUCGAAGCUCGUCGACAUCCUGUUCAGCCACCUCGAAUUUCCUGAAUCUGAGUCUGGCAAUGAGAAGGACCUCUUCGACGGCGAUCGCGAAGCCGAGGAGAAGUUCCGCGAGUUCAGACACCAUAUGGGCGACACACUCAAGGAUGCUUGCGAGGUUAUGGGCGUUACGGAAUGCUUGACCAAGGUGCUUGAUGCUAUCAAGCUGUGGACGCAGAAGUAUGCCGCCAUGGCUAAUGGCACCUCGGUGCCUCAUUGGCAAAAGCUGGAGGCGCCCUUGUUCUCCUUGCGAGCCAUGGGACGCAUGGUCGACAAGGACGAGAACAUCGUUCUACCCCAGGUCAUGCCGCUGCUCGUGCAGAUCCCCAGCCACGAGAAGCUGCGCUUCGCAACAAUCAUGGCUCUCGGUCGCUAUACUGAGUGGACAGCUGCUCACCCCGAGUUCCUGGAGCCUCAGUUCAACUACAUCGCCUCUUCUUUUGAGACUGAUUCGAAGGAGAUCAUUCGUGCGGCAGCCAUGUCCAUGAAGUAUUUCUGCACCGACUGCAAGCACCUACUGAGUCAGCAGGUUCUUCAGGUGCAGUCAUUCUACGACAAGGUCCUCGACACCCUACCCGAGGUUAGCCAGGAAGAGGUCACUGAGGGUGUGGCGAGUCUCGUUGCAGUCCAACCCAAGGCAGAGAUCUACAAGCUCCUGAAGCUUUACUGUGAUCCUCUUGUUCAGAGGCUGAUGACAAAAGCCAACAACGCACAAGAUGAGGCUGGCAAACUUGCAGUGGCUGACCACCUGCAGCUGAUUACCUGCUUCGUCAAGACGGUUGUCAUCGUCCCGCCCACCGAGGCUGGCGAAGAAGAUCCUGCCGUCAAGUACUGGCAGGAAGUCUUCCCGGUUCUAGCCAAAAUUCUCGAGGGCUUUAUUGACUUCGUGCCCAUCCUAGAACGUGUCUGCAAGUGCUGGAGAUACAUGGUAAUUUACCACAGAGGAGCGAUGACACCCCUUCUCAAGGAUAUGGCGGACAAGCUCGUGAGUGGCUUCGCAACCACGCGCCAAGGCUGCUUCCUUUGGGUCACUGGCGCCAUUCUGCGGGAGUUCUCCGACGACAGGGAACACGUCAACCAGGCGAUCACGGACAGCAUCUACGCCUUCUUUGAGAUGCAGGCCACCAAUGUUCUCCGUUUCCUCAACGACCUUCCUCCGCGGGAGUUCCCCGAUGUCAUGGAGGACUUCUUUCGUCUGCUAAUCGAUGCGCUGCUCUACUACCCUCAAAAGCUGAUCCCGUCGCCCCUGCUGGGCCCAAUCUUUGAGGCGACGUUCUCUGUGCUUGGGCUCGAGCAGCGCGAGCCUGUGUCGGCGACGCUUCACUUUGUCCGGGAUCUCUUGAUGUGGGGUGGCAAGUACCCGCCUUCGUCGUACGAGCACCUGCCUGGCGAUGUUGUCCAGGCUCUAAUCGCUACGGUGAAGGAGCUUCUCAAUGCCAAGGGCGAGAUGCUCGUCCAGCGCAUCCUUGCCGGCAUGAUGAUUACAUUCCCACGGGACUGCUUCGCUGACGGGAGCGGAGCACUGUUGACGCUUUUUGAAAACAUGCCGGAGCAGACAGUGGCGUGGGUAGACCGCACAAUGCGGAUUCUCCCGCCUGGCACCGUGACUCCGGCCGAAGUCGACCGCCUGAUGCUCAAGAUCAAAGAGAAGCUCAAUCAUGAAGAUGCCGGUGACCUUCGACAGGUGCGCUCGAUACUCCAGGACUUCACCAACACCUACCGGAGGAGGAAUGUGGCGCCCAGAGAUGGACUUGGGCAGCUGGAGGCUUCUCGUUUCCGCUUUACCGGCUGA